CGGGUGUGAAAGUGUGUGAAGAGCUGAUCGAUCCUGCUGCAGAUCGAGGUCACAUACUUCUGCCGGGCACUGCACUCGACCUGUCCAUUUUGAUCACCUUGGGAUAUCAUUCACUUUCUGCAUAGAUAGCUCACGUCCUUCCUCAUUCUUUCGUUCCUGUGUCCCGGCCUUGAUCUGCAAGUAUUGCUUCUUGCACUUACUACCCGCAACUGCAACCCUGUGCUCCGCAGCCUCCAGAACGUCAACCCCACUCCUCACAACAAGUCGCUGGAGUUGUUCACUGCCUUACUCGUAGCGCCUCGAACAAUCGCAGGCAUAGGACUCGCGGGCGAGAAAAUACCAGCGCACUUACCCACUGCGUUCCGCGUCCUACUUCACCGCCAUCCCAAGUGCUUCUACUCGCUCAGCCAGAGUGCGCACGGCAUUCUUUUCCUGUAUCAGCCCGCACUUUCUCGAUCCACAUUCCAACAGGACGGAACUGAACAAAGGGUGAGAUAGAAAGGGGGCUAGAUCGACUCCGGCUUCUAGACCUUUUGCACCCUUCCUCCUGCGAACUCGAAAGAUCGGCCCGCUGUCCUCGAGCGCAGCAGUCAUCCCAGUUGGAUACUACCCUGAAAGUUGGACAAGGAAAAGAUAGCGUGAAGCUCAAUACAACCGGUCAGAUCUCCAGUAGGAAGACAAGUCAGAGUCGGUCAGCAAUAUGGGACAGCCGCAGCAGCAAUCUGCUCCGUCCGGCGGCUCCAGGAAGAUCUCAUUCAACGUGUCUGAUCAGUACGAUAUUCAAGAUGUCAUUGGUGAAGGUGCCUACGGCGUUGUCUGUUCUGCCCUCCACAAACCCUCCGGCCAGAAAGUCGCCAUCAAGAAGAUCACUCCUUUCGACCAUUCCAUGUUUUGCUUGCGUACGUUACGAGAAAUGAAACUGCUACGUUACUUCAAUCACGAAAAUAUCAUCUCCAUCCUCGAUAUCCAAAAGCCACGAAAUUACGAGUCCUUCUCGGAAGUCUAUCUUAUUCAGGAAUUGAUGGAAACCGACAUGCAUCGUGUGAUCAGAACACAAGAUCUUUCGGAUGAUCAUUGCCAGUACUUCAUCUACCAGACCCUACGUGCCCUCAAGGCCAUGCAUUCCGCCAAUGUCCUCCAUCGAGAUCUAAAACCUUCCAAUCUGCUAUUGAACGCUAAUUGCGACCUGAAAGUGUGCGAUUUUGGUUUGGCGAGGUCUGCGGCUUCUACCGACGACAAUUCGGGUUUCAUGACGGAAUAUGUCGCAACAAGAUGGUAUCGAGCACCAGAAAUCAUGCUCACGUUCAAGGAGUACACCAAAGCGAUAGAUGUCUGGAGCGUCGGAUGUAUCUUGGCCGAGAUGCUGAGUGGAAAGCCGUUGUUCCCAGGCAAAGAUUACCACCAUCAACUCACAUUGAUCUUGGAUGUUCUCGGAACACCGACUAUGGAAGACUACUACGGCAUCAAGUCGAGGCGUGCUCGCGAAUACAUCCGGUCUCUGCCAUUCAAGAAGAAAAUCCCUCUCAAGGCUCUCUUCCCCAAGACCUCGGACCUGGCCCUCGAUUUGUUGGAGAAGCUUCUUGCUUUCAAUCCAGUCAAGCGGAUCACGGUCGAAGACGCGCUGAAGCACCCUUAUCUCGAGCCUUACCAUGAUCCUGACGACGAGCCAACUGCUGAACCGAUUCCGGAAGAGUUCUUCGAUUUUGACCGCAACAAAGAUCAGUUGAGCAAAGAGGAGCUCAAAGCACUGAUAUGGAAUGAGAUUAUGCGAUGAUGAACGACCGUCUCUUUUUGCCGCACAGCAACCUUGUAGCACGCUCGAAUACCUGGCUGGAUUGCUAGGUGCCGCGACAUUGUGUAAACUGCCAUUGGAGGGAGUGGCACAGCACGUUUGUGCUAGUUUUUGAUAUGACCAUCCUGGAUUCUAGACAUGUAUGGCUAUGCGCAGUGCUGAACGGGGUUGAAUGAAUUCGAACUUGAGUGUGGAAACACCAACCGAUGACUUGGUUGAAUCAAAUCAAUGAAUGUGAUAGACUAUGCCCAAGAAAUGUGAAAAGAUCAAGUAGUCGGCGAGAAGCAACUCGAC